GGAAUUGAGAAAAAGCAAUUAUGAUUUGUGUUCUGUGGAGCACACUUCAAAAAUAUUUCCCACUAGGCUACCUAUGCUAUAAGUAACAGAAUUUAACAUAAAAGCCCAUCAUGACACAAUGACAUCCAAAAACGUCUUAUCGAAAUCAAAGCACCCCAUGUCCCCCCAUAAAAUCAUUCUUGAUCCAUCCCUGUCUUGAAGUGAAUGCACUAAAUUUAUCCCCAGUUUCACAUUUCACAUUUUGUGUAUUUUUUAAGGUGCAGAAGAAAGAUUGAUUCCUUCUGUGUUCUAACUCAAUCACUAAGCUUGUAAGAAACAGGGCCAGGACUCAAGUGAUUUUGACUUUGUUAACGAUGCCUGGAGUCAAGAUCCGUGAUGAAGAUCGAGAAAAAAUCCCAGCGAAGUAUAUAUGUACUUACUGUCAUCACCAUCUCAUCAAUCCAAUGCAGACCAUGUGUGGACAUUUGUUUUGUAAAUCUUGUAUGGACAUUAUUCUUGGGAAUCCUGAUCCAAAAUGUCCUGAAGAUAAAGAAAAUUUGACCAAGGAAAACGUUUUCCCGGAUGCUUUUACGAAGCGUGAGUUAAAAAGGAUUCAUUUACACUGUCCGUCUGAAGAAUGUAAAUGGUUUGGUACAUACGAAGAAUUGGAGGGUCAUUCUCGUGUUUGUGAGCAUGCGCUCAUCAGCUGUAUUCAUAAACAGUGUAACAUUCAGCUACCUCGCUCUCUUUUUGGUGAACAUUUGAAGAAUGAAUGUGAAUAUCGAAAUGUAAAAUGUGAAUAUUGUGGUAAAGAUGUCCCGUAUUCUGCACUUAAGGAUCACAAAGAAAAUGUAUGUGGAAAUUAUCCCGUGAUUUGUAAAUAUUGCAAUCAAAUAAUACCGAAGAAAGAUACUGAACACCAUGAAAAGACGACUUGUAAUGAAGUGCUGACAAAAUGUGAAUUUCAAACCAUUGGAUGCAGUUAUGACAAAACUUUAAAACGAAAGGAGAUCCGUCAACAUAUGAAUGACAAUCUAAUUGAUCACGUGAGCGCCUUGUUACGAUGUGUUAUGGCAUUUGUUAAACAGUUAAGUAACUAUAUACCGCGUCCAGAGUUUACUACUGUUGUUCAAAACUUGGGUGACCGAAUCACUGCUGUUCGUGCCAAUCUUUCAGACAAAUUUUUGAUGUUAGUUGGAAAACUUACAGGCUUAGAAAGGAGAAUUGAGAGACUAGAAAGUCGUUAUGGGAGCAAUAAUAAUAACACUCAAUUGUCUGUAGAUGUUUCCUCGAUGUGUGAAAGGAUUGCCACCCUCGAGCGGCAAGCAAGAGAUAAUUCAUUCAUUAUAGUACAGUUUUACGAGCGUUUCGACCAUAUUGACGAAUCAUUUGCGCGAGUUGAAGACAUGGCUGACCAAGUCCGUGCUUUUUGUGUCAAUCUCUUUGAAAAAGUGGAAAUUUUAGAGCGCGAAGUGAGAGCUAAUACAUCUACUAUACAAUGGACUAGCGAGCGUUUGGACGAGGUAGACGAAUUACGUGUGCAAAACCCGGUUAUGGGAGCACAAAACCCGGCUAUGGGAGCACAAAAUGAGGCGCGCGAACUUUGAUGAAAUCAUACAAAGCAAUUAUUGCUAUUUUUCGUGAUUACUUGCCAAUUUAUUAUUAUUUUUCACUCCAGUAAAUGAUUUUUAUUCUAUUCAGUUUUACAUUUUAGUAAUUUUGAAGAAUUUUCAUUGUAUUUUUUUAUUUUAUCAUCCAUCCACGAUGAUAGAAUAUCCUUGUAAAUUAAUAAUACAAUUGUGUUGAUAUUAUGCUAUAUUGUAUUGUAAAUGUAAUUUAACAUGCAGCUUUGAUAUAGCAAGAUCAUAAAAUGAUGUCCAUUUAUUUGUAAUUUAUAUUUCUGUAAGUUUUAUCUGAAAAACUCCAUACAUAAAUAAAGAGUCUGUGAAGAGCUACCGUAUCUAUGUUCUGUAAGUACAAUUAAAUAAAUAAAAAAGAAAUUGCUAAUUAAAUGUAGCGUAAGAGAGCCA